GACUUUGGGAUCUCGUAAUUUCUGCUCCCUCUAAGUUGGAGAUUACUUCCCCUGAGCUCCCUAGCCUGGAAGUCCCUGGAGCCACCAAGACCUUGGAGGGUAGGGGGGUUCCCUCCUCUAGUCGAUGGAGCGGCGGGUGCAUGAGAAAUUCUUCUCUUAUAGUUUCACGUGCAGUCUAAUUUGUGGUAUGACUCUUGUGAUGCAGUGCUGGGCACAAGGAAAAGUGGUCACUGAGAACGAGACAGUGGUGCUGGAGAGACCUGCAUCCUUAAAAUGUUCUCUGCAGACUGUUCAAGAGAUCCUGAUAGUCACAUGGCAGAAACUGACUAAAGGAAGACCAGAAAACAUGGCAACUUUCAGCAAACAACAUGGAGUAGUUAUCCAAUCAGCUUAUAAGGAUAAAAUAGAAAUGACCCAACCAGGGCUCAGUGAAUCGACCAUCACCUUCUUGAAAACUGCGGAGGAGGAUGAGGGAUGCUAUUUAUGCAUCUUUAAUAUCUUUGGUGUUGGAACAGCCUCAGGAAAAACCUGCCUCAAACUUUAUGUACAGCCUACAGUUUUCCUGGACUACCAGUUCUCUGAAGGCUACCUGAAUGUCACCUGCUCUGCCACUGCGCGGCCCCCUCCUGUGAUCUCCUGGAAGGUCAGGCCAGAAGUGCCAAGUAGCACUGAGACCAUCAUUCAUCCAAAUGGUACCACAUCGGUCACUAGCAUCCUCCACAUCAAAGACUCUGAGAACCAUGUGGGGAAAAAGAUAUUCUGUAAUGUGGAGCACCUGGAGAGUAGGAUGGAAUACAGCAUGGUUCCUACCAAAGAUGGCGCAGGCCAUAGUUUUUCAGUGGCUAUAUUCGUGGGUAUUCUUGUGCCUGUCAUGAUCCUCCUGGCCUUGAUUUUUACCUUACUCUACUGGAAAUAUCGACGCCAGAGUAGAGGGAUAUAAUUUCCCCCCGAGGACUGCUUUAGAUGUACCCCAGAAAUUUAGCAUCAUAAGACAUCAUAGUGGACCUCACAAGUCGUUCUCUGGCCUAUGCGACUUAGAAGCAAAAGAAGAGUCUGGGACCACAGAGAACUUAAAAGGAGAAAAGAAAUGGGUCAAGAAUCUGGACAACCCCUAUGAGUUGCUGUUACCAAUUUUUUAAUCAUUCCAUUUUUUAAUAAUUUUUUAUUUAUUAUCAACUUAAACAGAAAAUGAGAAAAGAGAAAAAACAUUGCCAUGUACACAGCAGAACAUGAGAGGAUUCAACAUAAAACAAUAAAUUUCCAUUUCAAGAAAGCUUAUAUAGUAAAUACUAUACAUUGUUUUCAAAACCACACAGCUUUUCUUUGCUUUCUUGUAAUUUUUCUUUUGUUCUCUGCUGUGCACUUUUUACUUUAUUUUUUCCCUUCCCUUCCCUUCCCCCACUCCACCCUAAAGAAGGCUACAAUUAAGUGUGGAUAUAUAUGUAUAUGUAUAUAUAUAUAUUAUACACACACAUGUAUGUACACAUAGAUAUCUAUAAACAUAUACACACAUAUAUACAUUGUACUCAAAUGCAUACAUGUAAGAUUGUCUAUGCUUAUUUCUACUUGUCAUCUGUUUCUCUGAAGGUGGAUGGCAUCUUCCUUCAUAACUCCUAGUCUUUCCAUGUUUUUCUAAAUCAACCAACUCAUCAUUCCUUAUAUCACAGCAACAUUCCAACCCAAUUACAUCCUACCUGAGAGAUGGUCUAUGAAGGUGUUUUCCCAAUUUUCUGCAUUCCUUCUAUUUUGGGCUGCUUAGGUUUUAUGUACACAAAAUUUUUAAUUUAAUGUAAUCAAAAUUAUCCAUUUUGUACUUUAACAGUACUCUCACAAUACUCUUACCUAGUUGGUCUGAUACUACUGAAUCUGCUUCCUUUACAACUUUUUUCCUUGUUUCUUUGAAGUUCCUGACCUUUUGUUCUUCUAAAUAAACUUAUUUAUUAUUUUUUUCUAACUCAGCAAGAUAUGUUUUAGUUAUUUAAUUGGGAUGCCAUUAAAUAAAUAGAUAAGUUAGAUAAAAUUGUCAUUUUUUAUUAUAUUGGCUUUACUUACCCAUGAACAUUAAAUAUUACUUCAGUUGUUUAGAUCUGACUUUGUUCAUAUAAAAGGUGUUUUAUAUUUAUGUUCAUGUAGUUCCUGUGUCUCUUUCAGCAGGUAUACUCUCAGGUAUUUUAUACUGUCUAGUUCAUUUAAAUGGCCUAAAACAAUAUUGAAUAAUUAUCUGGGGCCAUGGCUCAUCAUUAUAAUUUCACAUUCCAUCCAGAUUAUUUUGUGGUUGCAUGUGUGUUCUUCAUAGGACCAAAUAUUUUUUCUCCAUGUAGUCAAAUUCCCACAGCAGAGGGGCAGACAAGAGAAAAGGUUUACUAAGGUCUUUGGACUACUUUAAAUUCCAUUUUCUACUACACUAUAUUACUAAUGCUAUAGAUACUUUACUAUGAAUGGCAAAUUAUGAAUUCUUUAACAAAUGAAUGGUUUCUUUAAUGUCAUAUGACUUAUAACUGUGGUUGGUGAAUUCUGUUCAAUUUAUGGCUAACUCGAAUAUUUACAUUUUGAUAUUUUUGUUCAAAUGUUAUUUAAUUUGUAAGAGAGGUAGCAUGGGACAAAGUGCUAGACUUGGAUCCAGGUGUACCUCUUAUCCUUACUAGCUACAUGACCUUGGGCAAGUAACAAUCUCUUGUAGUGUAUGAAAUUACAAGAGACAGAGUUCUGGGUAUCAUAUGUAUACAUAUAUAUAUACAUAUAUAUAUAUACAUAUAUAUACAUAUAUAUACAUAUAUACACACACACAUAUAUACACACAUAUAUACGUAUAUGUAUAUGUAUGUGUAUAUGUAUUUUAUUCAGGCCAGCAAAAAUCAAUAAAUUGAGGUCACUGAUCUGUCUUGGUAGUCAAAGAUGAAAAGGGCGUCUCUGGGCCACCUUAAAUCCAGUGUCUCCUUGCUGACAGAGACCUUCCCUAACAAGCCAAAGGCAGCCCUGAUUGUUGUUCAGUCAUGUCCAACCCUUUGUGACCCCAUUUGGGGUUUUCUUGGCAAAGAUACUAGAAUGGUUUGCCACUUCCUGCUCCAGCUCAUUUUAUAGAUGAGAAAAUUGAGGCAAAUGACUUAUUCAGGGUCAUAUAACUAAGUAAGAGUCUGAGGCUGGAUUUGAACUCUGGUCUUCCUGACUCCAGUUCGAACACUCUGUCCACUGCACCACCUAACUGCCACUAUGAUUAAUGAACAUUUAAUGAGGAGGUGGGCUAAGAGUUCUCAACUGCUCUUGUUGUGGGGGAAGAGUGAAAGCUGAGAAUGUGGAUUAGGCAUCCUCCAGCAAUAUAUCUGGAUCAGGAUCUGUCUGGUUAAGUUUAUCCCUUUGUGAGCCAACCUGGCCCCAGACUUUUAAUGAAGGCAACAAGGGCACAAGAAUCACUUUGGGUGAAUGUUGGUUAAGUGUGGAUAUAUAUGCAUGUAUAUAUAUAUGUAUGUAUGUAUGUAUUAUAUACAUAUAUGUAUAUACACAUAGAUAUCCACAAACAUAUGCACACAUAUAAUAUAUACAUUAUACUCAAAUACAUACAUGUAAGAAUGUCUAUGCUUUUUUCUACUUGUCAUCUGUUUCUCGGGUUGGUUUCUGUUUACAGAAUAAACUUUUUUUUUUUUUUUUGCAGAGUAAAGAAUUACAGAGUAAACAGAAAGGACCAGCCCAGGCCUUAGGAGAGACAAGACUGUGAUCAUAUUCCUUUUCUAAAAAGAGAGGUCUCUCUGAAUCUAGACAGAAAGGCAUGGGUGGGUGGGUGAGUGUGGCAGGCAGAGAAGAGACAAAGGAAUAUGAUAUUUUAAUGUUAAUCAUCAAAUAUACAGUUAUUAAAAUUAAUUUUCCUCACCCUUAAGCCUCAAGUAAUUGUCUAAGGCUAGAAGUCGUAGAUGGGCUGUGAUCUGUGUCAUUAAAAUCCUAGAUCUGCGAUGUAUUAUUUUUCAUAAUAAUGCUAUAUGCUAUCUGAAACAAAGUAAUGUUGCUUCUUGAAAUGUUAGAUUUUUUUUAGACAUAUCUAGUUUAACACCAUAGUUUGGUGCUAAAUGCUUGUUCCCUGGCAAGCCCCAUUUCUUGUUAGCCAAAUGCUUGCUACUUGGUAUUGUGGGAGGGGCCGGGGUGGGGUCAGGAAAAAUUAAGAUCAGUAGACAUAAUGUUGUUUUGUCCCUUUUCCAGCUGCGCAUUCCCUCAGAACUUGGAACCAAAUGUAGAGGAGAAGAUGAAUCUAACAGAGGCAGAGUAGGAAGCCAGGUAGUUUUGGCAGGUGUGGGAAAACUUUAUUAUAUUGUUUAAUCUGACUCUGUAUGGUUGAGAAAUCAGCUUUGUUUAGAGACCAGAUUUCUUUCAUGCUUAACUCAGGAUCUAGGUUAUGACGACCAGAACCCAGUUAGAUCCAAAUAUUGAUGCAAGAAACAUGAGAAGUUUCCUCCCAUUAUAUACCUUAAGCCACUCAUACAUGUAUCUCAUCUGGAAACUGCCUCUGUGCUGGCUAAUUAGCUGUUUAUUUGUUCCUAGUUUUGAAUCUUAUGUAAUGUGUAACUUAUAAACACUAUGGGAGGGUAGGGGUGAGGACUGGGCCACCCUCUGCCAGAUGACAUAAUAAACCUCUUUCUAAAUUA